UGCGAGGGCGAGCCUCACGUCAACCAUGCAGCAUCUUGGUGAGCCGCGGCGUGGACGCGCAUGGGUUGACUCGCCGUACCUGCGGUCACUGAUUGCCGGCGGCCUCGCAGGCACAACAGUAGACCUCUCGCUGUACCCGCUCGACACGCUGAAAACGCGGCUCCAAUCGUCCGCCGGCUUCGCCGCCUCCGGAGGCUUCAACGGAAUCUACCGAGGAGUCGGCAGUGCGAUCGUAGGAUCCGCGCCCGGCGCCGCCCUCUUCUUCAUAACCUACGACUCGAUCAAGCGGAACUUCGCACCCACACCCUCCACGCGCUAUACCGCCGACGGGAAGCCGUACACUUCCGCGCCCGACGCCAGCAGCGGGGCAGCCGUCCACAUGCUGGCCGCGAGUCUGGGCGAGGUGGCCGCCUGCGCGGUGCGCGUACCGACCGAAGUCGUCAAGCAGCGCGCGCAGGCGAGCCAGCACCCGAGUUCGCGCGCGGCGCUGAUGUAUAUUUUGGACCAGCGGCGGACGCGCGGGCUGGCGCAUGUGUGGCGUGAGCUGUAUCGUGGGUGGUCGAUUACGAUUAUCCGCGAGGUGCCGUUUACGGUUAUUCAGUUCCCGCUGUGGGAGGCGCUGAAGAAGUGGCGGCAGGCGCAGACGGGGCGGGGUCAUGUGUCGGGGCUUGAGGGCGGGUUGCUGGGGAGCAUGGCGGGUGCUGUUGCCGCGGGGAUUACGACGCCGUUGGAUGUGCUGAAGACGAGGAUGAUGCUGGCUAGUGAGAAGCAGCCGUUGUUUACUAUGCUGUCGGUCAUAUUGAAGGAGUCGGGCCCUGGGGCGUUCUUCGCGGGGAUAGGACCUAGGAUUGGGUGGAUCAGUGUUGGCGGUGCUAUCUUCCUGGGGAGCUAUCAGUGGGCGAGUAAUGCGCUGGGGGACGCAGGGGACAGUGAUUCAAGUCUUGAUUGAAAAACAGUGUGAGUAGUGACGUGUAAAAGAAUAGAUAACAUAGUCCAGUAAUUGCAUUACCCACAUCUCUCUC